UGUUCAGAACCACAUCCUCCUGGCCCAGCUGCACCCAGCGCCGCCGGAACGUCGGAACCACAGAGCUGGACCCAGCUGGGAAACGCCAGCGCCUCGGGCUAAAUUUAGAAGCCCCCGUUUUUAUCUGCCGCUGGGGGGGUCCGCCGGCGCGAGCCGCUGCCCCCGACCUCGCUGUCCGGCUCGCUCACGAGCUGCUCGACCGGCCCGCGUGCCCAUGCGGAGACCCGCGCGCCUCUGGGUCGCAGCCUGACGGGGGGCUUAGAGGAGGAAGAGCCGGGGACCUCGCCACCACCGGCAUGUCCAACGGGAGGCGCUCGUCUUUCCUGACCAUCCCGGAGACGGCGGCGGCGGCGGAGGAGGAGGACGAGGACGAGGAGGCGGCUCUGCGCUCCCGCCUGCUGCCCCGGUCCUCGCCGGUGCCCAGGAAGCGCGGCAUGUCCGUCUUCGACGAGACGGCGGACUACCUGCGGACGCGCCAGCCCUCGCUGAGCAGACGCGUGUCCUUCGCGGACGCCGCGGGGCAGGAGCUGGUGGAGGUCCGGCGCUUCUCCCGCUUCGACUCGGACGAAGACGGCGGCUCGGGCGGCGGCGGCGGGGAGGAAGACGAGGAGGAGGAGGGCGACGGAGGCCGCCCCGCCGCCCCGAGCUGCCGGGUCUGCCCCGCCUUCAGCUGCCCCGCCGCCUCCGCGCUGCUGGAAGCCCUGCGGGCGCGCAAAGUGGAAGUGGAGAGCGUGUCCGCCGUGGAAGACGAGCCCCUCGCGCUGCGGGGGGUCGUGCGCGUCCUGAACGUGUCCUACCACAAGUCCGUGUACGUGCGCUGCACCAUGGACGCCUGGAAGACCUUCUUCGACCACGUCGCCGACUACGUGCCGGGCUCCUGCGACGGGGAGACCGACCGCUUCUCCUUCCAGCUCGCCUUCGCCGCCCCCUUCCUCUUCGACGGCGCCCGCCUGGAGUUCGUGGUGCGGUACGAGACGCCGGCGGGCGUCUACUGGGCGAACAACCAGGGAGCGAACUACGCGGCCGAGCUCAGGGUCUCGGAGACGGGCGCUUCCCCGGAGCCCGGCCGGGGCGCUGGAGAGAGGCUGCCCCGGGGCAUCCUGAAAGCCCCGUCUCGGAGAAGCAGAGCAGGAGUGGAGUGCGAAGACGAUCACAUGGAAGCUGUGAUGAGGCGGGAGCAGGAGAGCCCCCGGAGAGCAGUGAGCGAGGCGGACGUGCUGCGACCCGUGCCUGUUCACCCACAAAUCGAUAUAGAGGUCACAAAGUCUAAGCCCAGCCUUUCACCCGAGUUCAGCAUAGACCCCCAUUCAGCUUUCACAGAGGUGACUCCGUCUCUGAAGAGCCCCCAGCUCCCAUCAGCACCGGCCUGCGGGGAGAACUGGGGGUCAUCAGAGAGCCCCGAGAUCCCCCUUCCACCCAACACAGUCACAGCUUCGCCCGUGACAGUGACCCCUACUGCACAGACACCCCGCAAUCCUGAAGGGCGCCUUGAGAGGGACCCCUGGUCCCCCUGCGCAGUGAAAGAGCUCACGGCCAGUCGGGGUGUCGCCGGCCAGCCUGUGCAGGACGUCCUCUCCCAAGCCCUGGGGGAGACUGGAGUCACUCACCCCAAACCCACAGUUAUGAGCCCCUAUGCAGACCCAGCCAAGUCGCCUCUGCUGGCGAACCCCGAGAUGACACCCCACAUUCCCGUGGACCCCGAGUCAGAGGAGCUAGGUCUCGUGGCGGAAAUCCUCGAGGCCUCGAGGGCAGAGAGGAGCCGCGGGAGGGCAGCACCGCCGCAGAGCGCCGGAGAGGAGGGCCAGCGGGCGCCCCGCUGCCCCCUGCUGGACGCCAGCUUCGGCGCGGCCCGGGAGGAUGGCGGACGCCCAGCAGGGGAGUCUCUUCAAGCCGGAGGGGAGGAGGUGCCAGGCGUGUUGCCCUCCUGCCCCUGGCACCCACCUGGGGUCACCCGACUGGGCCCCACCGGAGAGCAGCAUGUGGGCCCGGCAGAGCCCGCGACUGGGCUCCCCUCCGCGCUGACGCCCCACCGGCGGGCGGGGGCCGACACGGCACCGGUCCCAGAGGAGCACGCCGGCGCAGCAGGUCUGGGGGCCCCCACAGGGGGCUCCCCCGGUCUCGCAGCGUGCUCCCCCUCUGUGGAAAGAGCCAGGCAGCAGGUGGGUCCGCUGCCGAGGGGGCAGCAGGGGCACCGGCGCAUGGCGGAGUCUGCGGACCAGGAACUCCACGGCGACGGAGGAACGGAGGAACCUGCGGCGCGCCCAAGCACAGGCCCGCUGGCCGGAGGGACAGAGCAGAGCGCCCCCCGGUGGAGACUGGUGACUCCGCACGCAGAGAGUCAGGAGCGACUGAACCAGGCCUUCAUCCAGUCCUUGUCUGUCCUGGGGCUCGCCGCCUGCCUGGCAGUAGGUCUGAACAAUCCCACCAUCUUCCUCUUCAUAGCCGUGUACCUCCUGUCCCACUGCUUCUGACCGCAGCGUCCAGCGUCCAGCGUCCAGCAUCCAUGCCUUUCUGUUCCAAGUACAGGCGCAGUUUAGCAAACUCCA